AGCGGGGCAAAGGAAGCGUGUUCCCCCGCCCGGGACACUCUUGCUGCAGCCAGCCUGGCCGCGCGCCUGCCGCUUUGCAGCGCCCGCUGCCCGGCGCACAUGGGCCUGGGCAUAGGCAUAGGCAUGGGCCUGGGCUUUCCCGCCCCCCCGCCACAGUGUCAGCGGGAGGAGCCGGCCCGGGAGCCCGGCGCAGGCGCCCCUAAACGCGUCCCACCCUCCGCGGUCCCGGCGCAGUAGCAGCAGCAGGAGAUGGGACGCUCCGCCGCCUGGUCGCUGCAGGCUCCGCGCCGCCCAGGGCUCCGGCCGCCCCUUCUCUGGGCCCUGUUCUGUCUCUGCGUCUUGGCGCGGCCCCUGCGGGCUGGGGGCUUUAAGAAGAGGGGGCCCACCGUGACUGCCAAGGUGUUCUUUGAUGUGAAGAUUGGCGAGAAAGAUGUUGGCAGAAUUGUAAUUGGCUUGUUUGGAAAAGUUGUCCCAAAGACUGUUGAGAACUUCAUUGCACUGGCAACUGGGGAAAAAGGAUAUGGGUACAAAGGAAGUAAAUUUCAUCGUGUGAUCAAAGAUUUCAUGAUUCAAGGUGGAGACUUUACAGCUGGAGAUGGAACUGGAGGAACAAGUAUCUAUGGAGAGAGGUUUCCUGAUGAGAACUUUAAACUCAAGCACUAUGGAAUUGGAUGGGUCAGCAUGGCUAAUUCUGGUCCAGAUACCAAUGGUUCUCAGUUCUUCAUCACUGUAACAAAACCUUCCUGGUUGGAUGGAAAACAUGUAGUAUUUGGCAAAGUCAUUGAUGGAAUGGCUGUGGUGCAUGCUGUAGAACUUCAGCAGACGGAUGAACACGACCGCCCCCUUCAAGACUGUGUGAUCGUGAACAGUGGCCAGACGGCUGUAAAGGAACCAUUUGUAGUUGAAGUAGAGGAUUGAUGAACUUAACAGCUACCCUGGAAGAGAAAAUAUAAUGGCUUUUUCUUUUGGGGAUAAAAUUUGGGUGCAGAUAUAGAUUAUCCAGUGACUACUUCCAUAUAAAUGCUCAAUGCUAUCAGCAAACAAUGUGGUAAACUCAGCAGUUGUAAGAUGUGCAAAGCAUCUAUGUAUUUAUGUUGAAACUUCAGGGAACCAACACCUUUUAAAUAUAAGGGACAUCUCACUAAAGCCUAGAGCUGGUCGAAAAUCAUGAAAAAUUGUUUUCAUUUAGCAGUGUUUGAAAAUGGUUUCAUUUUCUGUUUUGUUACGAAAUUUUCCACAUUUGUUACUGGCAUUUUCAUUGAAAUUAUUAAAGACCUGGUUUUCAGCAUAUACGAAACAAAUUUUCAAAUGAUUUCUGUAAGAAUUUUAGUACAAUCAUGCAAUCAUCUGUGAAAAGCAGAUUGAUUUCAAUGAUAAAUUUUUUCAAAAUUUUUUGAAAAAGCCAUUUUCAAUAAAAUAAUUCUAGGUGAAAAUUGUCAACUGGCUCUACUAAAUACACAUUGGUGCAGCUUUUCUAGAGAUAAGGUCACUAUUACUAGAGAUGGAAGUGGCUUACCAGUUCAAAUCCAUCUCCUGAAAGUGCAGGAUCAAAUUGUUCCCUUUUCCAGAUAAAGGAUAUAUUAAAUACAAGAUUUAGCCAAGACAGAGCAGAUCACUUUGUAUAAAUAAACUGUGGUUAUAGUAACACAUUUUAAAAAGGAUCCUUCUCUUAAUGCAUGAGAGGUUUUAUGUGCACAGCAAUCCAUGCCAUGCAGACCAGAAGGAAACCAAAGUUUUCAACUAAAAGGUUUGCUAAAAGCUAAAGAGACUGCACUUUUUUGACUUGAAUUUUUGUAACCCUUCCCGGCUAUUGCUAGCAGACAAAACAAAUUUGAUAGUUUUUAAACAAGGUAUGUACAAAGGCUCAAUUAAAGAUUGUUGUAUGGAAUUUUUGAUGAGCUAUAUAUGUAUGCAAUAUUAAACUUUUUUGUACUAUGA